AUGAGCGAACAAGUCGCCGUGGAGAAAGUUAGUGCCCAAGCCGCUCAGCAAGGUGGUGUCCUCAUUAAGCUCAUUCUGUUCAGCCUAUCUCUUGCAGUUGCGCCCCUUUCUGCCUACUUCCUCUCCAAGGACUAUCUCUGGGCAGGAAACGCGACAUACGCUGCUAUCACCGCGGUUGCAGCGGCAAAUGUAGUACUCGUUGCCUAUAUCAUCAUGUCUGUCCUUGAAGAAUCGCAAGCUGGGCCGUCCGUGACUACUGUGGAAUCGAAGAAGACACGUUAG